GAUGCGAGAGAGCAAUCGCAUUGAUGCAUUUGUUGUCAAGUCCAAGAGCGCAACCUUUCACCUCUAUAUGAGAAGGCAACCCAAACAAGGCGAGCAUUCAACAGACCAUGGCGUCGCACGUCCAAGAAGACGAGAUUACCAUGAGCAGCGAGGAGUUGCUCCAAGCUCAGCUCGAGCUCUACCACCACUGCUUCGUCUACAUCAAGUCCAUGGCGCUCGGCGCGGCCACCGAGCUGCGAAUUGCCGACGCCAUACACCUCAGGGGUGGUGCCACCACCUUGUCUGAUCUUGCCGCCGACACAGGGAUCCACCGGACGAAGGUCUCCCACCUCCAGCGGUUCAUGCGCGUGCUCACCACCUCUGGUGUCUUCUCCGUCGAUGUCCAGGCUAGCGGCGCCACCAUGUACAAGCUCACCAGGGUUUCCCGCCUCCUCGUCGGAGUUGGCGGCGAGAGGUCACGCCGCUGCGACCUGUCCCCUAUUGUGAGCGUGUUGGUCAACCCGGUGCCCGUCACUGCUCUCUUCAGCAUACGCGAG